CCAAUCGUGAGAUCGGCCGUAAGUGGCAUGAGGACCAAAAAGAUCAACAACGACUUGCACCUGUAGGAAACAACAUUGGAGCUAUUUACAAUGGCGCUGUGACAACCAAUGUCAUGCGGAAUACCGGUUCACAACAAUCGUCUCGGGUAGGAAAUACCGAUAGUGAUGUGAGUAGCCCUACUUACUACUCUUCAUGGAAGCCUGGGUUGACCUGCGAAGGAUGAUGAAGGUGACGUCGAAGACGACGAAGAGGAAGAAGAAUAUGAUGAUGAAGCCUCUACAUCUAGACUGCCCCAUCAGGACUCCUUUCGGAAUGCCCAUGCUGAGAUGGACCAAGCGAACAAAUGCAAGCUUACUAGCGGUCGCUUUGUAGAAGAUGUCAUGUUUGUCGCGUUGAACAACGCGCCCAGCGCGGAAUUUGUGCACCCUCUUGCCUAAUUGCUCGUGCUAGAUACAUUGGAUCCCCUGAUGCAGAGCUGGCUCACCCCGGAUGAAUUGAAAGAGAUAAACGCGAGCAUGUUGCUCAUGCCUGCCCCUGGCAAAAUGCUACUGAACCCGUUAAACAGAUUCUCGCAUGUCACAACCACAAAGGAGCUCCGCGAGGUCCUGGGCAUGUCAAGUGACUUGCCAGAGGGCACUCUCUACGAUUACGAACCUCAUUAUAAUUUAGAAUAG